AUGUUUAGUAUCUUGGUUGAUAUAGUUGUUUAUGGUAAGAAAAAACUGACACUGUUAGCUAAUAUUGGACUAUGUACUUUGUUUUUCUGCACUUUUUCUCUGUGAUUAUCCAAUAUCUAAAUAGUGUUUGGGCGAUUUUAGUGAACGAUGGACAAGCGAUAUAUAUUGAAGAAUUUCCUUCCAAGUUACUUGACCAGUUAGAAAGUAAGGAACAUUAUCCCUGAUUGCAGUAGUAUUUAGCGUGUUAGUGUGUUUAGUACUUAGUUAAUUAAUUAAUCACUUAGUUAAUUUGUUAAUUAGUUAAUUAAUUAAUUAGUUUGUUAGUUACUUUGUUAGUUACGCAAGUACGUAAAUGAGGUAAUUAUUUAUUAACUAACAUAUUUAAUUUCCAGGUUAUUCGGGCUUGCCAAGCGGACCGACGAUUGUAGUAAACAUGGAAUAUGGCAAAACUUUCUCUGGGGCAGGCGUGACACAUUUCAUGAAGACCGCGCAACAUUAGAUCCAUCACGAGCACAUAUUUCGAAUUUUCUCCACCCGGUCUUGUAUUUCUACCGACAGCCUGUCAAAGGUAACCACUCAAUAAUUUAUGAUUAUAGUAAUGCUCACAACAUAGUGGCCGUCUUGACUUCAGCACAAUUCAUUCCUUGAAAUGUGAUUUCGUGCAAAGCUCAUUAAUACACCUUACCGAUUAUUCUUUUUUACCCAAUGGCCUCGUUUCCAUGUUAACUUAUUUUAGCAUGUCAGGGGCAGAUAAAGAUUAUAUUCCCAUGUUUUCCUGGACGAACUUGUUUCUUGUUGUUCUGAAGCCGCGUUCACACCAGCGGCCCAGGCCUGGCCUGGACCUGGCCUUGACCUGGCCUGGGCCAAUUGUGACGCAUUCACACUGGCUUGACGCCCAACUCCAGGCCAAAGCAAUCAGGCGUCAAUAUAAACGUCCUUGUGUUCCACUAAAGUAUUUAAUUUCGCGCUUUGAAUGUUUUUCCCUCCAAUUGUAUGACAAUCAUCUGACCAGUUUUUAUCGUGGGCAGAUAUUGCGAUGGUAACGGGGCCUCGCCCAGGCCAGGCUCAGGAAAAACCCGUUCACACCAGUGAUGAUCGAGGCCAGGUCCAGGCCACCUACAUUUGCUGGCCUGGAUUUCUUGACUUAGGCCAGGCCUAGGCCAGGCUCAGGCCAGGUAAAACUCGUUCACACCUAGACCCAGGCCAGGUCCAGGCCAGGCCUGGGCCGCUAGUGUGAACGCGGCUUUAGGCUCAAUAACAAAGUAAUUUUCAACCCUACUAAGCACAAAACAUGAGUUAGUAUUUGACAUGAAAACGAGGCCAUUGGGUAAAAGACAAUAAUCGGUAAGGUCUAUUGUUCGUGAAUUUCACAAUAAAUUAGUAAUGUGUAAUUUUAAUGUGUUUUCUUUAUUUUUCGUGCAGCCUUAGGAGCGGAUUAUUCACUUCCUAAACCUGACCGCAUGCAUCAUAUUGUUGAAGAUUUUCUAACAAAAUGGUAAGGAUCCUGUUGAACUUCGUUCUCAUUCAACGAACAAGCGGUCGAGAAUAAAACUGAUCGAUGUAUUUAGUGGUUUCAAAACAUUUCAUAGUAGACGUUGCAAUGGGAAGUGUAGGAGUUGCAACCGAAGGCCGAACUUCGAAACUCGGAGGAUCUAACGGGCCUGUGACGGCAUGCUUCCAGAAAAUUUUGAACUUCUAGGGCUAUACGAGAUGCAUUUUCCAGCAUUUAUUCUUGAGACACAAAAAAAAUCAUAUUUUAAAUGUCUAAAACACUGUUAAAUUUAUGUUCAUAUAAUGCCUAUAACAACAACGUUUACAUACAGUAAACGUUUACGUACAGUAAAACGGCUUAUUUUGAAACCACUGGUAUUUUACAUUCUUUAUUUCUGCAUUUAUUUACGUGGUGUUUCCACAAACAAAACUAUUAUGUUUUAUCGCCAUACAAAGAACUUAUUCUUUAUUUCGUUUCUAUCAGGACUGGUCCAUUUAGUCAUCUUGUACCUCUCAGAAGAUUCUUGGAACAAAUCCAGGGAGAAGAUCUGAGAAAUUUCUUCUCAAAAAGUUGUUUUAAGGUAAGUGCAUUUUCACACCAUUGUAAAAUUGUAUGCUUGACGUUUCUCUAACUCAUGUUGACAGGGUGGGUUGAGAUUAUCCCCCUAACUGACCCUUCCAGGGUGGGUUGGGACUAUCCCCCUAACUGACCCUUCCACCGUAGCUAUUACCAAACAUAAGCAGGACUACUUCAGGAAUUCGUUUUUUGUAAGGUCAGCAAAUCUGUGGAACAGCCUCUCAUCGCAACUUAAGAGUUGUACAUCAAUAUCUGUAUUCAGUUCCAGACUACGUAAAAUGUAUAAAGAACGACUGCUAUUUUACAGCCCUCCUGGCUGUUCUUAACUUUAUAAUAUCCUAUGGCAUGGUUUCCUAUUCAAUUGUAAUGUGUUUGGUAGAUGUAUAGUCAUUUAUUAGGAGUUAGGUGUCAAUUGGGACGCAAGUCCUGUUCCUCUCUCCAGUCACACCUAUGUUGUAUUUUUGCAUGUUCUAUACUAGUGUCAGUAAUCUUGUUUGUAUGUAAAUGAAUUGUGACAAAUCAAAUUAAAUUAAAUUAAAUUAGACAUGAGAGACUUUCAAGCUGGGAGAGCCGGGUUCAAUCCUUGGUUGGACCUCUACUCAAGGUCUUAAAAUAAUGAUAUUUUUGUUGUGUUUUGAUGUUAUGUACUCAGGUGAAUAUAAAGGAUGUUACUCUGAGUGUAUAUCCACACCGGGCAGGCUGAAAAGUUAGCCUGACCACGAUGGGAAUCGAACCCGCGACCUUUGGGAUACUAGUCCAAUGCUCUGCCAACUGAGCUACGUCGUCAAGUGUGUUCGAGUGUGGGGUAUUUCAGAACUAAGUCUAGUACCUUCGAUACCAAAAUGAAUGUGUUCUAUUCGAUACCAAUGUAAAAGUGCUACAUUUACAUUGACAUCAGUAAAUGGUUAGACUUCUCGGAUAAGGACGUUAAAAUCGUAGGUACCUCGGAUCUCAUAUUAAUUAGGCAAUAUAGCAUGUUGGGAAAUCCGCCCACCAAUGAUUGAGAAACUCGAUGAACGUCCUUUUAUGAAGUCAACGGUCGUCACGUUGAAUUUUGUUUUGCUGUUAUCAUUUUAGCUCGCAAUGACCAUCGCAAAUCUACCCAGAAGAUGUAAGGAGUAUUUUAUGCAAGGUAUGUUGUGUAAAUACUGCAUGUAUUACCUAAAUGAAUAUCUGGGCAUACUGAUCGAAUGCUUUGCUGAAGUCAACAGCUGCUUUCCAGUUGUCAUGCUUAAUUUCUUUUUUAUUCAGGCUCGUCCCUUCCUGGUGAAUCUAGUAUUCUCGAGAUCGCUCAGUCGCAAAACUUGCUGGCAUGA